AUGGCGGCCCGUGUCAUUUGCGGUGACGCCCCAUUAGAGAACUUACGAUAUCGGAAUACAAAAGUAUCGUGUCACCCAAAUGCCUUGAUUGACAAAACAUCGGGACGCUCUGGUUUCUUGCAGGACAGAACAUCGCAAUACACAGGAACCAUACGAAACAGAACAUCGGAAUACCUCGGUACCAUACGAGACAGAACAUCGGAAUACCUCGUUACCGUACGAAACAGAACAUCGGAAUAUCUCGGUACCAUACGAGACAGAACAUCGGAAUACGCAGGAACCAUACGAAACAGAACAUCUGAAUACCUAGGUGCUGUACAAGACAGAACAUCGGAAUACCUCGGUACCAUACCAGACAGAACAUCGGAAUACCUCGGUACCAUACGAGACAGAACAUCGGAAUACGUCGGUACCAUACGAGACAGAACAUCGGAAUACGCAGGAACCAUACGAAACAGAACAUCAGAAUACCUAGGUACAAUACGAGACAGAACAUCGGAAUACCUCGGUACCAUACGAAACAGAACAUCAGAAUACCUUGGUACAAUACGAGACAGAACACCGGAAUACCUCGGUACCAUACGUAACAGAACAUCAGAAUACCUAGGUACAAUACGAGACAGAACAUCAGAAUACCUAGGUACAAUACGAGACAGAACAUCAGAAUACCUCGGUACCAUACGAAACAGAACAUCAGAAUACCUCGGUACCAUACGAGACAGAACAUCGGAAUACCUCGGUACCAUACGAGACAAAACAUCAGAAUACCUAGGUACUAUACGAGACAGAACAUCGGAAUACCUCGGUACCAUACGAGACAGAACAUCAGAAUACCUCGGUACCAUACGAGACAGAACAUCAGAAUACCUAGGUACAAUACGAGACAGAACAUCGGAAUACCUCGGUACCAUACGAGACAGAACAUCGGAAUACUUCGGUACCAUAAGGGGCAGAAAAGUGGAAUACUCAGUGUAA